AGAAAAUGUUGGGUUGUCGAAUUACUGGCUCUUACAACGUGUUAAAGAGUGAAAGAAGUCUCAGAUAUAUCGAUGGUUAAUGAAAUGAGUGAUUUUCUUAGAUGAUUUUUAGAUAAAUUUUUCCUGUGAAUUAGCUUCUGGAGUUGAGUUAGACGUAAGAUCUAUUUCUUGCUGAGUAUAAAAUAGAACAAAAAAGCGGAGUCAGAAUUUAAAUUUAGUGAGUACUACUUUUAAGAUCUUAUAUAUAGCAAGUCCAUGUGGAGUACUCACUAUAUUUGUGGAGGAAAAGAUGGAGGGAUUGGUACUUUGCCCUGCAAACCACGUACCAUUGACACCUUUAAGUUUUUUGGAACGUGCUGCAUUUGUUUACCGCAAAAAGAUAGGCUUAAUUCAUGGAAAUAUAAGUUAUUCAUGGGAAGAGUUACAUGGAAGAUGUGUGAAGCUUGCAUCUGCCCUUUCUCAGCUUGGAGUUUCCUCUGGUGAUGUUGUGGCAGUAGUGGCACCUAAUGUACCAGCACAUUAUGAGCUGCAUUUUGGUGUACCAAUGGCUAGGGCAAUCCUUUCUACACUCAACACAAUGCUAGAUGCCGCCACAUUGGCACAAAAACUUCAACUAUUAGAGGCCAAAAUCAUUUUUGUUUACUCUGACUUCAUUGGACUAGUGCUUCAGGCACUUAUUAUUCUUCAAGAAAAAGACAAGCCUUAUCAUAUUGUCUUAAUCCAUGAAAAUAACAAUGUAAAAGAACCACCAGUGUCAUCAUCAGUACCAUCAAAGAUUCUGGAUUACGAAACAAUUGUUGAAAUGGGGCAGCCUAAUUUCAAGAUUGUGUAUCCGAAAAACGAAUUUGAUCCGAUUUCGAUCAAUUUUACUUCUGGAUCAACAGGGAAGCCUAAAGGAGCUGUGUAUAGCCACAGAGCUGCGUAUUUGAAUGCAAUUGCUGACAUUUUUCGUUAUGAAAUGGGAAAAAGCCCUGUUUUUCUCUGGACAGUGGACAUGUUUCGAUGUAACGGAUGGUGUCUCCCCUGGACAGUUGCUGCUUUGGGUGGCACUAAUAUUUGCCUAAGAGAAAUCAAUGGAAAAGAAAUUUUGGAUGCAAUUUACCUUCACAAUGUGACACAUUUUUGUGGUGCACCAAUGAUUCUUACAAAAAUUGCAAAUGCUAUAGACACAAAUCAACCCUUAUUACCUCACCAGGUGAAUGUAACAGUAGCAGGGAUAUUGCCACCAAGAGAGAUUCUGACCAAAAUGGAAAAACUAGGAUUUAAUAUCAACCAUGCAUAUGGUAUGAGUGAAGCACUCGGUCCAAUGAUAUCGAUGCCUUGGAAGUUUCAAGAUGAUUUCUCCAAGCCAAAUGAAGACGUGAAUGUGAAAAUUCGCGAAGGAGUUCACAAUAUUAUGAUGGAAGAAGUUGAUGUAAAAGAUCCAGAGAGUAUGAAAAGUGUGCCAGCAGAUGGGAAAACCAUAGGGGAAAUCAUGUUUAGAGGAAAUGCCUUGAUGAUGGGGUACUUGAAAGAUCCAUCAAGAACUGAAGAAGCCUUUGAGGGAGGGUGGUACAGGACUAAAGAUCUUGGAAUUAAAUAUGCAAAUGGGAAUAUAAAAUUAAAGGAUCGCGCUGUUGAUGUAGUCAAAUCUGAGGGGAAAACUAUAAGCACACUUGAAAUUGAAGGUGUUUUGAUUAGGCAUCCUAUGGUUUUGGAGGUUGCAGUUGUAGCAAGACUUGAUGAUGUUCUUGGAGAGACCCCUUGUGCUUUUGUAAAAUUGAAAAAAGGGUGUUUUGUGACUGAUGAAGAAAUUAUCAAGUUUUGUGAAGAUUGGCUGCAGGAUUAUAUGGUGCCUAAGGCUGUAAUAUUUGGUGAUUUACCACUCAAUUCUACAGGGAAAAUACAGAAAUUUAUACUCAGGGACAAGGCUAACAAGGCAUUGAAACUAUGCCUGGGGUGCAACUCAGUCCGCGAGCUGCACACACCUUCAUCGUAGUGGUGGGGAUUCCAAAAAGAAGCAUUGAAGUUAUGCAUGCCUUCAUAAAAUUGUCCCUUUUCAUUUGCUAUGUCUAAGAUAUUAUGUAUUUGUUGAAUUUGACAUGAAUUUGCUUGAUUGGAACUUUGUUGAACAAGUUAAUCUGACAUUAAUAAUAUUGAAAACUAUAAGGUUUGUUUUUAUUUUU